AUGUUGGCAACAAGUUCAACAUUAUCGGAUACGGAUGCUGCUCUAUUAGAGUCUAUCCGCCAGCAUCUUCUCAACGACGAUGACUUCGAAACCCCGGCAAAAGUCGCCCAAAAUGUUCAGUUCCAUUGCCCAGAUUCAAGCCUCGACACAUCCUGGUCGCCGGAGACAACCAUGUCGUUUGAAGCAAAUGAUUACAACGACCUCGGCAUCUAUCAUGACCCCUCGAUAUACGCCGCCGGGUCCGAAUCACCCAGCUCGUCAAAUGAGCAACCGGUCGUGGAUUAUGGAGACGUCAAAGCAAAUGAGGCACAGCCAGGAGGGUCUCACUACCGGGGAGUGAGGAGACGGCCAUGGGGGAAGUAUGCGGCAGAGAUUCGGGAUCCGAAGAAGAAUGGCGCAAGGAGGUGGCUGGGGACCUACGAGACACCGCAGGAGGCCGCGCUGGCUUACGACCGGGCCGCGUUCGCGAUGCGUGGGGCCAAGGCCCGGCUGAAUUUCCCUCACUUGAUCGGUUGUGACAGGGUGGAGCUGGUGAGGGUGACUCGGAAGCGGCAACGCUCACCGAAGGCUGAGAGAGGCUCGCCGGAUCCAAAUUGGAGAAAGGAGGAUUUGAUUGGCCUGGCAAGCGAACCCCAUGAGCUUAAUGGCUACCUCCUAUCGUUUCAAUAG